GCCACCGUGAGGAAAAAAGAAAGAGCUCUGACACUUCACGAAUUUGCUCACCAGAAGUUGCACGUGCAUAGUAUCACCGCAACACACUGACUAUUGCUGGUGAAUCCAAUAGGUGAAAAUUUUCCCAAUUUUAAGACUCCACUGGCUUUCCCUUGUCUUUACUUGGUUGAGAGCUGCUUUGUUUUGUAUGGUGGGCUGCUGUGACCUCGGCACGAAAGACUGUGUCUUUUGCGACGUGACCCGUAAUAACGGAUUUAACAUUGUUUAUGAGGACAAUGAGGUGAUAGCAUUCCAUGACCGUUCUCCAGCCUCCAAACUUCAUCUACUCAUAAUACCAAGGCAGCAUGUUGGAACAGUUAAGGAUCUGAAACCUGAACAUCGACCAUUACUGUCUAAGAUGGCUGAAGUUGGAAAACACCUGUCAAUGGAACAUAAUCAGGUGCGGAUGGGGUUUCAUGUUCCACCUUUCAAUUCGGUCAAUCAUCUUCAUUUGCAUGUGCUCAGUCUGCCUUUCAAGAAUCUCUGGCGCAAACUUAAAUACCAACCGAGUAUGCCAUGGUUUGCACCAGUCAAUGACGUGAUGACGCAUCUGGGAGCGUAAACUUUUCCCAACUUAAAGCUCGGCCGGAGAUUCAAUAAUAAAAUUGGGCCCAACUUAUCCUUUCCUUUUUUAAAAAACUCUUUAGAUACCAUCGUGCUCGAUC